UUUUUUUUUCUUUCUUUCUUUCUUUUCUUACUUACUCCUUUUUUUGUUUGCAUAUUAUAUAUCAUGUCUACAUCUACUGAAGAUAUUCAGUCAAUAACUGAUAGAAAUGAAACUCCAGAACAUCAACUCAAAUUAGUUUUAUUAGGUGAAUCUGCAGUUGGUAAAACUUCUUUCCUUCAUCGAUUUGUGAACAACAACUUUACCGAAAAACGUGAACCUACAGUUGGAGCUGGUUUUCUUACAAAAACGUUUAGAAUAGAAGAUAGGAUGAUCAAAAUGAAUUGUUGGGAUACUGCUGGUCAAGAACGCUUCCAUUCAUUAGCUCCAAUGUAUUAUCGUGGUGCUCAAACUGCUAUAGUAAUGUAUGAUGUAUCAAAACAGGCAACGUUUGGAAGAGCAAAGAUUUGGAUUCGUGAAUUACAACGUCAAGCUCCUCCACAUAUUGUAAUUGCACUAGUUGGAAACAAGAUUGAUUUAUGCGAUUCUUUAGAACAAGAGACUCCUUUGGAUAAUGAAAACUUUGAUUUUGCUGAACAUGAAGAACAUCAAGAACGUGAAGUAUCAACAGAAGAAGCAUCAAAAUACGCUGCAGAAUGUGCAUUAUUAUUUUUUGAAACAAGUGCUCGUUUAAAUAUCAAUGUAGAAAAAGUAUUUACAGAAAUAGCCAAAAAUGUACCUAUUGAAUACCUUACACCUAUAAGACCUCCAGGUGGAAAUAAAUCUGCUACUUCUUCUUCAAUACUUAAUCAACAUGGUAACAAUAAUGUGAAUUUAACUCUUGGUAAUACAACAGGCGAAACAAGAUCGAAUGGAUGUGCUUGUUGAAAUAGUUUCGCAUUAUUAUUAUUAUUAUUUUUAAAAUAAAUAUUGAUUAUUACUAUUUUG